AUGAACACUUCAAUUUCGAAUUUUCUCUACAAAUUUCGUUUUUUAUCCGAUUUUCUGGCCAUUGGUGGAUUAUGUUUCUGUUUGAUUAUGACAAUUGUGACUUUGCGGAUUUCUAUUGAUAUUGUUGAUGAGAUCAAUGAAGUUAGAGAUGUUUUUAUGAGAAAAUCGGAGGAAUUCAAGGUAAUUUCAUAGAUUUUGCACAAAAAAUCGAUAAAAACAAGGUGGGGGUACUGUAUGUUUCGUUGUGUGCAUUGCAAAGUGUUUGCACACAUUUGAAACCAGUUACAGUAAUAAAUUUUCAAUAUUUUCCAGAUGUACGCCGACGAUGCUUCAUACUUGAUCGAAAACGGUCAACAUCAUCAAAAAUAUUCCGAAAUGUUUGGAAUUUUGAUAAAAUCGUAA